CACGUCUCUGUAACUCCUAGGUCAAGAUGUAGAACUUUUCUAGCAAACCCUUCUUGCCUACUACUGCUAGAUAGCCCUCCUAGGCUUUAUGCUGAUGUCUGUCACCAGAGAUAUUUUUGGCCUAUUUGGAUAGAUUACUUCAAAGCUGCUUCAAAGAAGUUAAAAAGUGGACUUAUAUUUGUAAAACUGGUUAACCCAUGUACAGGGGAAGGAGCCAUUUACUUGUUCAAUAUGCAUCUACAGCAGCUGUUUGAAAUAAAAGUUUUCAAGGAAAAACACCAUUCUUGGUUUAUAAAUCAAUCAGUUCAAUCAGGGGGACUUCUCCACUUUGCCACACCCAUGGACCCUCUAUUUCUGCUUCUUCACUACUUUAUAAAGGCUGAUAAAGAGGGAAAAUUUCAGCCUCUAGAUCAAGUUGUGAUGGAUGAUAUAUUUCCCAAUUGCAUAUUAUUGCUGAAACUUCGUGAACUUGAGAAGUUACUUCCACAUGUGACAGAGGAAAAAGAAAUAGGCAACAAGAAGUAUUACAAGUACAGCAAAGAGAAGACAUUAAAGUGGCUGGGGAAAAAGGUUAAUCAGACUAUAGCAGCUUUAAAAACCAAUAACGUGAAUGUCGGUGCCCAUGUAAAGUCAGCUGCAUUUUUCACUAGUUGCCAGGCUUCCAGUGACAAGGAAGAGGAUUAUAUUCGAUAUGCUCAUGGUCUGAUAUCUGAUUACAUCCCUAAAGAAUUAAGUGAUGAUUUAUCUAAAUAUUUAAAACUUCCAGAAACUCCACCUCCAUUGACAACCCCUCCAUCAAAGAAAGCAAAGUUAUCAGAUGAGCCUGUAGAAGCAAAAGAAGAUUACACUAAGUUUAACACUAAAGAUUUGAAGACUGAAAAGAAAAAUAGCAAAAUGACUGCAGCGCAGAAGGCUUUGGCUAAAGUUGACAAAAGUGGAAUGAAAAGUAUCGAUUCCUUUUUUGGUGCAAAAAAUAUAAAAAAAGUUGGAAAGAUUUGAAACUUUGAAAAUGAAAUCUAGCAAAAAUAUUUUUCUUCGAUGUGAUUCAUUUCAUAUCUUUCAUGUCACUGUACUUAGCCUUCAUAAUAACCUUUUGCUGAAAAAAAGAGGGGGCGGUUUUUACAUUUACUUGAACAUUUCUUUGUAUUUGCUUUUUGUGUUCCUGAACAAAAUAUGGGAAAGUAAUUAUGUAGCUUCACGUCUUAUUUUACAUAAUGAAGAAAAAAGUGAGUCAAUAGAAGUAACAUACAACAUCACAGUUUCCUCAAUAAACUAACAUUGGACAAUA